AUGGACUGCAGGACCAAGGAAAAUCCAGAAAGAACCUUUGACUUGGUAUUGAAAGUGAAAUGUCAUGCCUCUGAAAAUGAAGAUCCUGUGGUAUUGUGGAAAUUCCCAGAGGACUUUGGCGACCAGGAAGUACUACAGAGUGUGCCCAAGUUCUGUUUCCCCUUUGACAUUGAAAGAGUAUCUCAAAAUCAAGUCGGACAGCAUUUUACCUUUGUACUGACAGACAUUGAAAGUAAACAGAGAUUUGGAUUCUGCAGACUCACAUCAGGAGGCAAAAUUUGCUUGUGCAUCCUUAGUUACCUGCCAUGGUUUGAAGUAUAUUACAAGCUUCUUAAUACUCUGGCAGAUUACUUGGCUAAGGAACUGGAAAAUGAUUUGAAUGAAACUCUCAAAUCACUCUAUAGCCACCCAGUACCAAAGGCGAACACUCCUGUCAGUUUGAGUGUGAACCAAGAGAUAUUUAUUGCCAGUGAGCAAGUUCUGAAAGAUCAGCCCUUCCUAGUACCGCAUUCCUACUUCAUUGCCCCAGAUGUAACUGGACUCCCAACAAUACCUGAGAGUAGAAAUCUUACAGAAUAUUUUGUUGCCGUGGAUGUGAAUAAUAUGCUGCAACUGUAUGCCAGCAUGUUACAUGAGAGGCGCAUCAUUAUUACCUCUAGCAAAUUAAGCACUUUAACUGCCUGUGUCCAUGGAUCGGUUGCCCUGCUGUACCCCAUGUACUGGCAACACAUAUACAUCCCAGUGCUUCCUCCGCACCUGCUGGACUACUGCUGUGCUCCAAUGCCAUACCUGAUUGGAAUACACUCCAGCCUCAUAGAGAGAGUGAAAAAUAAAUCAUUGGAGGAUGUGGUUAUGUUAAAUGUUGACACAAACACUUUAGAAUCACCAUUUAAUGACUUGAACAACCUACCGAGUGAUGUGGUCUCGGCCCUGAAAAAUAAACUGAAGAAGCAGUCUACAGCUACGGGUGAUGGAGUAGCUAGGGCCUUUCUUAGGGCACAGGCUGCUUUGUUUGGAUCCUACAGAGAUGCACUGAGAUACAAACCUGGUGAGCCCAUCACUUUCUGUGAGGAGAGUUUUGUAAAGCACCGCUCAAGUCUGAUGAAACAGUUCUUGGAAACUGCAGUUAACCUCCAACUUUUCAAGCAGUUUAUUGAUGGUCGACUGGCAAAACUAAAUGCAGGAAGGGGUUUCUCUGAUGUGUUUGAAGAGGAAAUCACUUCAGGUGGCUUUUGUGGAGGAAACCCGAGGUCAUAUCAACAAUGGGUGCAUACAGUCAAGAAAGGAGGUGCACUGUUUAACACAGCAAUGACCAAAGCAACUCCAGCUGUACGGACAGCAUAUAAAUUUGCAAAAAAUCAUGCAAAGCAGGGAAUAAAGGAAGUGAAGAGUAAGCUAAAACACAAGGAAAAUGAAGAAGGUUAUGGAACCUGUUCUGGUUCUGUACAGUAUACACCAGUUUACACAUUACACAAUGAAAAGGGAGGAAAUAUAGAAAAGCGUAAGCUUGCCCAGGCACGCUUAAAAAGACCUCUUAAGAGUCUUGAUGGUGCUCUGUAUGAUGAUGACUAUGACGAGAGAGCAAGCAAGUUGUCCUCUGAAGAUGGAGAAGAAGCUUCUGCCUAUUUUUAUGAAAGUGAUGACUCCGUUGAAACAAGAGUAAAGAGUCCUUACUCAGGCGAAAUGGACCUCCUAGGAGAAAUCUUAGACACAUUGAGCACACACAGCUCAGACCAAGGAAAGCUAGCAGCAGCGAAGAGCUUGGAUUUCUUCAGAUCAAUGGAUGAUAUUGAUUACAAACCUACGAAUACAUCCAAUGCACCCAGUGAGAAUAAUCUGGCCCUGCUUUGCAGUGGUUCUGGUGAUCAAGCAGAGUGGCAUCUCGGGCAAGAUGAUAGUGCCCUCCAUGGCAAACACCUUCCUCCCUCUCCCUGGAAGCGCGUUUCCUGCAGCGGUUUGACAGAUUCUCUGUUUAUCCUGAAAGAGGAAAACAAUGAAAAAUACCUCAAUGUUGACAAUAUGAGGGAGCCUGCGGUCAUGGAAAAGCCAGCUUCUGCCUCAGGAUUGGAUCCCCAGCUCGCUUCACCUGAAGUUUCCGAAAAUGAAAAAGCUAAAACAGAAAAGAAAGAAACACUAAGCCAGAUUUCAGACGAUCUGCUUACACCCAGCCUUGGGCGACAUUCAUCUACUUUUGUUCCUUGGGAGAAAGAAGGGAAAGAAGCCAAAGAGACUUCAGAAGAUUCUGGACUGCUUCAUGAAGUGGUGUCGUUAUGUCAUAUAACAUCUGCCUUCCAGCAAGACUUAAACAUUUCAGAAGAAAACACGCGUGGAAACCACCCUUAAAUCAACUAUUAAGAGUCACUCACUUGCAUCCAAGCUUCUAGGGAGACAUUUUAGGAUUCCUUGUAAUCUCUAUAGUAAACAGAAUUAUUUGUGGGAAUGACAGUUCUUAGUGCUGUCUAAAAGUUAUUUUUCAUUUGGAACAUACAUUUUCUCCACUCAUUCAUCUCGUGAAUAUAUAUUAUCGAUUGAUUUUUAAAUGUAAAGCUGAUUCUUCUACUGUGCUCUUAAAUCAGGUACUAGUUUGUAUGUAUAUUGGAAGUAUAUGUCAAACAUGAUUUCCCAGUAUUUGGUGCUUAAUGCCAUUCAUUUUAUUUAAACUAAUAUGCAUAUAUAACCCUUGCGCAUAACCAGUAGCGACCCUACUAAUCUGGUUGAGCAUGAACUGGUCAGGAUAUCAAAACUUAUCAAAACUAGCCUGAAACUGCUGAAACUGUUGACCCACUAACUGCCUUAAUCCUAAGCCUAUAUUUAGCAUACUUUAAUAAUUUAUGGAAUUACCUGUAAAUUUUGAAGGAUAAGUUAUAAGUGUUCUGCAGAGCAAUAAUGCCUUUUUCUAUUCGUUGAAUCAAGGACAAAAUUCAUUUUUCAAAAUUUAAAAGCUCUCUUGUGGACACUGCAGCCAUGUUUUCCAAAAUGUAUAAAGGUACACAUUUACCUUUCACUCAGUGAAAUAUAUGAAGUGCUGAAUUACAAUGUGAAAUUAAUGACUUCUGUUUACAAAUGAGACACUUUAAAAUUUUUUCAGUCUCUCUGUAUGCCUUUGCUAUCUAGGAAUCCAGCCCCAGAAAGCCAAAUGCAACAUGAACUGUCCUGAUAAAGAAAUGUUCCUUUUUUUUUUUUUCCUU